AUGAGCUACUCUCGCCUUCGUAAAAAAAAAAAAUGGAAGAACAGGAAUAUCGCAUCUUGAUCAAAGGUUUUUUUUUGAUGGGAAAAACUUCUGAACAAUCAUUGCAAUUGUUGGAUUUAUGUUAUCCCUCAGCAUCUGCUCCUUCGAGAACAACAGUUUAUCGGUGGUUUAGUGAAUUUGAAAUGGAAAGGCCAAAAGAGGCUACGAAUUUGGAAAUCGUAAAGCAAAUGCAUCUAAUCGUUUUGAGGGAUCGUAAAAUAAAGUUGCGCGAGUUAGCUGAGGCCGUAAGCAUCUCAAAAGAACAGGCGGGAUACAUUUUGCACGAUAUUUUGGGGAUGAAAAAGCUAUCGACGCGAUGGGUGUCGCGUUUUCUGAACCUCGGCCAAAAAGAGAUACGUGUUUAUUAUGCAAAGGCCGGUUUGGCGUUGUUUCAGCGUCAUCGAGCGGACGUUUAUCAACGUUUGGUGACGUUGGAUGAAACGUGGGUCCAUUACCAUACACCUGAGUCCAAUAGGCAGUCUGCAGAGUGGCUGGAAAGCCACGAAAGCCGACCAAAGCGGCCAGAAGACCAAUGCUCGACCGAGAAGGUUAUGGCCUCCGUUUUUUGGGAUACGCAUGGCAUAAUCUUCAUCGAUUACCUGCAGAAGGGAAAAAUAGUUACGGAAGAGUAUUAUGCAGCGUUAUUGGACAAACUGAACGACGAAAUAAAGAAAAAACGGCCCCAUAUGGCGAAGAAAAACGUUCUGUUACUUCUCGAAGCGUCAUCACCACACAUGUCCUUGAAAGCGAGGAUCAAAUUGGAUCAAUUACGAUUCGAAAUGAUUACUUACCCAUCGGAUUGUCCAGACUUGAACCCCAGCGACUAUUAUCUGUUCCCAAACCUCUAUCGGUGGCUCCAGGGAAAGAGAUUCAGAUCGGAUGAGGAAGUCAUCGCGGAAAUUGAGGCGUAUUUCGAAGGCUUGGACGUUUCGUACUACAGAAAGGGAAUCGAAAUGUUGGAAAAUCGCUUUACCAAAUGUCUCGCCCUCGAAGGCGGCUAUGUUGAGGAAUAAAUAUAACAGUGGCCAAAAAACGCUUGUUUUCAUUAAAAAUCCCGGGACUUUUCAGCCCAUGUAGUAUAACGUGCGUAUAGCCUCGUCUCGACAGC